AUGGCUUUGUGCCAACAGUGGGCCACGGCAGAGAUAUGGUGCCAGCCACAGGGGCAGGCACGCGGGCCAUGGAUCAGAGGUGUGCCGCUACCCCUGCCGGUUUGGGCCCAUUAUGAGGCACCAGCCUUGACCGUUUUAACGGUCGAACAGUAUGAGGAACUAGCAAGCAGCGUUGAAUUAGAAACGCAACACUUACUGCGUGAGCAUCGCUAUGACACCAUUGGCAAUUUCCUUAAGUUUUAUAAGGACUAUAUUGCAAGUGGUGAAACUGUACUGGAGAGAUUUUAUCACAAAUAUCAACCACUUAUAACACGUGAACAUCAUACAUGUGUGGGUUUGGGAUUUGAAUUACUGUACCGCUUAAGGUGUUUGAAUAAACGAUUUCCUGGUAUAGCAAGUGGCCUCUAUUUAGUGUCUUGUGAGGAGACAAUUGAUAAUGUUGCUAAUUAUGUUGGUGGACCACCUGCUGCAGACAGUGGGGAAAAGGAACAUGUAUUAGUGUGUCUAAAAAUCAAGAUUGGUGGACGACAAGGAGUUAUGCUUCUUGAUCCUGGAUAUCAUGUAGCUCGUGUAAUUACUGUGAUGGAGGAUAAAUUAUACCCACACACUGGCUGGUUCAUCCAGUCUGAUGAACGAAAUUAUAAAAAAGAGUACAAUUACUUUUUAUGUGCUAACGAUCCUGAUUACAUUGAAUGGCACGAGAGGAAAACUCGAUCUGGUACCUUGGAAAGAACACAAAUUGCUCUUAUAUACGUGGCAAGGCCUUAUUUAACUGCCAUCGAUGUUACGGAACGUAGAAAUUUAGUUUAUAACUUCAGGAGUCUCCUUGCAAGAGACACUAAGGGUCACGUUACAGCUGGUAUAUAUUUCCCUGUUGUGCUAGAUAUGAACAAUGCACAAACUUUUUCAAUUUUUUAUCAAACUAAUAAUGGCAAGAAACGAGUUAAAAUGGCAUUCAAUAAAUUUUGCAAUUCACCGAAUAUAAAUCCUGAUGCCGAAGAAAAAGAAAUUUGCGCCGAAUGUGCCCGGCAGUUAGGUCUCUCGCAAGAUACACUAAAAGACCUACUAUUUGCUCUUGCUACUGUUAUGAGUGACUCAGCCUUUGUGGCUCAACUUCUGGCUAUUAAUGCAAGAAUCAACACCCUAGCAGAGGACAAUUAACAAAAUCUGCCCUAUGUGGUACAGAUAAUAUAUAUCAUUUUUUUUCUUUUUUUUUUUCUUUUUUCUUUUCUUCGCCAA